AUGUCAGCCAGACAGGUGCUUACACAAUCGCGUUCUCGCGCAUCCAACGAUCUCCGUGAAGCCGGAUCUGAACGGCGCUCAUCGACCCCUGGCAUCUCUGCAGCACCAAAUCCUACUACCUCUGGGGCGCCUCUGUUGGAGGACGAAUACCAAGACCGUCGCAAAUUAAAGCUUAGCUUUCGACUUGCUGACACCAUCCGACACUAUUGGCAUCUUGGCUUCACAGCGUUUGGCGGGCCUGGCGUUCACGUCGUCAUCCUUCGCAAACGCUUUGUCGAAAAGCUUGCUUGGUUGGACGAAACUACCUUUGCCGACCUCUUCUCUCUCGGUAACGCGCUUCCUGGUCCAGGUUCAACGCAGCUUGCCUUCUCUAUCGCAGUUGCUCGUAAUGGUACACUUGCUGGGCUGGUUGCUUUCCUUUUCUGGUCGAUUCCCGGGGCUGCUGGGAUGGCAGCAUUAGGUGCAGUUGUGCGCAAGUUCCCAGAGAGGCUACCACCCACUGUGCUGGCCUUGUUGACCGGCCUGAACGCUGCGGCAGUGGGAUUGGUCGCUUUAGCUGCCUUCCAGCUGAGCAAGUCGUCGAUCACAGAUGGUGUUUCGAGAUUGUUGGUGCUUGGAUCGGCUUCGUUCGGUAUCUGCUACCAUGCCCCGUGGAUGUACCCCGUCCUCGUCUUCGGUGGUGGCUUUACAACACUACUGUACGAUUUCCGACUUGGCAUCAUUGCAGGCCUCUCGGCAAAGCUCAACAUUCGCGAAGCCAGAACAAGGAGCAACAACGCAGUCGAUGGUGCACAAAACCAAUCGACCCAGGACAUCGAACUUGAACAAGUCAACACCGCUCAGCGUGCCUCUCUCGACAAAGCGCAGACUCCUGCCUCUGUCCAAGAGCUCCCAUUCCAGGUCGGGUCCAGUUUAGCACAAGGCAGUCUUCGACAGAGAAACGCGCAAACAGUCGACCGCACCAGAACGGGUACCAAUCAGAGCACAGAAGGUAUCGAUGCUGCCAUUGUUGAUCGUCGCACCCCAAUCAUGGUCCUUAACCGAUACUUUGCUAUUGGCCUUGGUGCAUUCUUUCUCACUUUCGUCGUGGCUAUCGUUCUUACACGCUCUCAGCUCAACAACCUACCUCGAGCCUUCGACUUCUUCACCAACAUGAUGAUCGCCGGUGUCAUCAUCUUUGGUGGUGGACCUGUCGUCAUCCCUCUUUUGCGCGGGUACACAGUCGAGAAUGGCUGGGUCGACUCGAGAGACUUUCUUCUCGGCUUUGCCAUCUUGCAAGCUUUCCCUGGGCCCAACUUCAACUUUGCUGCCUAUCUCGGCGUUCUUUCAGUUCCCUCCAACCCAGCUCUUGGCGCCUUCAUUGGUUGGCUCGGCAUCUUUUCGCCCGGUAUCUUGCUCAAGCUUUCCCUGCUGCCAAUUUACAACACUUGGAGGAAGCAUGAGGUGGCCAAGUCAGUAUUGAGGGGUCUGAAUGCCUCAGCCACAGGGCUUGUCUAUACUGCUGUGUGGCAACUGUUCCUUGUGGGCUACAUCUACACACCAGCGCGAGGAGCAGUAGUGGAAGCAACAAGUCAGAGUGGUCCCUUGACUUCGGAUCCUUUCUGGGGUGUUGUGGCCAGUUCCGCUUUUGUUGCUACUCAGUGGUUCAAGAGCCCGCCUGCUGUGACGAUUGUUGCAGGAGCCGUAGCGGGGUUGGCUUGGUUCGGCGUUGUAGGCGCUGCUGGCACUGAGAGGCAGCAGGCUUUCUUCUAG